GCAGGGAAGGCGGAGGGCAGCGCCCUUGGAAGGGGCAGCGCCCUCCGUGGCCAUGGCGGCCUGGCCCGCUGUGCCCCUCCUCAUCAACCUCGGCGGGUCGCUGCUGGGCUUCGCGGCCACGCUCACGCUGAUCCCGGCAUUCACGGACCACUUCCUCGCCGCGCGGCUCUUCGGGGAGGACCUCAACAAGACCUCAAAACGGCCCAUCCCCGAAGCACAGGGCGUGAUUAGCGGUGCCGUGUUCCUGAUCAUCCUCUUCUGCUUCAUCCCCGUGCCCUUCCUGAGAUGUUUUGUGGAGGAGCAGUGCGCAGCCUUUCCUCACAAUGAGUUCGUGGAGCUCAUCGGUUCACUCCUUGCCAUCUGCUGCAUGAUUUUCCUGGGCUUUGCAGAUGAUGUUCUGAACCUGCGCUGGCGCCACAAGUUGCUUCUUCCUACCAUGGCUUCCCUCCCACUGCUCAUGGUUUAUUUCACCAACUUUGGGAACACGACCAUUGUGGUGCCUAAGCCCUUGCGGGUGCUGCUAGGCAUGCACUUGGACCUGGGUAUCCUCUACUACGUGUACAUGGGUAUGCUAGCAGUGUUCUGCACUAAUGCCAUCAACAUUCUCGCUGGAAUUAAUGGAAUUGAAGCAGGACAGUCGCUGGUGAUAGCCGCUUCCAUUAUCAUAUUCAAUGUUGUAGAGUUAAAUGGGGAUUAUCGAGAUGAUCACAUUUUUUCUCUCUACUUCAUGAUUCCUUUUUUUUUUACCACGCUGGGCCUAUUCUACCACAACUGGUACCCAUCUCGAGUGUUUGUUGGGGACACCUUCUGCUACUUUGCUGGCAUGACCUUUGCUGUGGUGGGGAUCUUGGGACACUUCAGCAAAACAAUGCUGCUUUUUUUCAUCCCGCAAGUACUCAACUUCCUCUAUUCAUUGCCUCAACUCUUCCACGUCAUUCCUUGUCCCCGUCACCGGCUACCGAGGCUUAAUCCUAGUACAGGGAAGUUGGAGAUGAGCUAUUCCAAGUUCAAAACUAAGAGCCUCUCUGCCCUGGGAACAAACAUUCUGGAGGUAGUCAAGAUCUUGCACGUAGUAGAUGUGAAGAGUGGAACAGAUGAAGAUGGCGAAUACACUGAAUGCAAUAAUAUGACACUUAUUAAUUUUGUCAUAAAGCUGAUCGGACCCACCCACGAGCGAAAUCUCACUCUCCUGUUGCUACUCAUUCAGGUCCUUGGCAGCACGAUUGCAUUUUCGAUCCGGUACCAGCUAGUGCGCUUGUUUUAUGACGUCUGACUGGACUGUCAGGAGCAAGGGAAAGAGUUCUACCUGCCAGUCCAUUUUCUCCAGUUGCUUGACCAAAUGAUUGAACUGAUCUUACUCCCGCCCUCUGAGAACCUCAGAAUACCUGUCAAAACACAAGCAGCUGCUUUGCGUGGGCUAGUUUUGAACCGGGAUAUUUUUUGUGCACCAAAGGCUUUUGUCUAAUUUUGUGAUAGAAAAGAUUUACUGCUAUUUGGACAUCAUUGUUAUUAGGAAUACCUUUUAGAGGGGAAGCAAAUGACAACACUUAGGGAAAGUGGGAAUGAUGGAAUCUCUGUACAUCUAACAAAGACAUUACUGUUCACCAAGAGCAAAAACAGCAACUUUAAUUUCUGUGAGCAGAAUAAGUAAACCAGACUCUGCUCCUGGCUUCUCCAAUCCUGUUUUUGGUCCAUGGACAUAGAAUGACAUGUGAUAACCCAUACUCAAAACUCAGAGUGCUCCAAGAAUAAAAUAAUUCAUGGUACCCUUU